AUGGAGAUUGAAUCCGUGACGUGCGAGUGUUGUGGCUUAACGGAAGAUUGUACACAAUAUUACAUUAGUAAAGUCAAAGCUAACUUCGCCGGAAAAUGGCUUUGUGGGCUUUGCUCCGAGGCGGUGAGUGACGAAGCCAGCCGUAGUAGAAAGACUACGACGGUGGAAGAAGCUCUAAACGCACACGUGUCGUUUUGUGGUAAGUUUAAAACCAAUCCAGCAGAACUUGUUGCCGACGGUAUGAGACAGAUGCUACGGAGGAGGUCCGGUGAGUUAUCGCCGGCGAAGUCCAAAAAGUUUGGAAGAUCUAAAACCACGUAA